GUUGCGUUUGAGUGUUUUUUCAAAAGUAGAACUAUGACAGAAACUGUCCAAAUUAUAGGUACUCUACCAUGACAUCAAACAUAGCUGAGGCACUGAACUCAGCAAAUUUAGCAGCAAGGGAAACACCAGUGACAACAUUAAUGGAGUGCUUGAGGGCACAAAUGCAAGAGUGGACAUACAAUAAUAGAAAGGAGGCACAAAAAUGCACAACAAGGCUGACACCAUCAUCUGAGAAAAAACUCAUAGGGAACUAUGUACAGUCAUUGCGACUAACAGUGAAACCAGCAAACCAGAACCUGUUUGAGGUGAUAGAUGAAAACAGAACAAGAAUAGUAAACUUGAAGGAGAAGACGUGCACAUGCAAUAGAUUUCAAAAAGAUGAAAUGCCAUGUAACCAUGCAGUCGCCGUCAUGAAGGACUUGAACAUAAACACAUACAACUACUGUGCACAAUACUACACAUCAAAAGCAUGGCUGCAAACAUAUGAAGAAACAAGAUACCCAUUGGAAACGUAA